UUCAACAUACAGGGUUAUACUGCAAUGCACUGGGCUUGUAAGCGUGGUGAUGAGAACUUGGUUAAACUCCUGGCUGGCAUUCACCGUCAUACUGUUAACGAACGAUCCAACGGGGGUUAUACGCCAUUACAUAUUGCGAUGCAAUUUCGACAUGAACACGUGUACAGACUUCUAGUAGAAGCAUAUGAUGCUGAUCCAAAUGUAAGAGAUUGGUCUGGGAAGAAACCUCGACAGUAUUUGGUUCAUAUGGAUACAUCGUUGUCCCCUGGUUCAUAUCGCAAGAAAGAAAGUUUCCUCCGCAUCGGAUCGCUGAACGUUCGAGUUAAGAAGACAACAGAGGCGUUCAGUAACUUCCUAGGCGUUGGUGCGACUAGAUCCUCGGCGUAUGUUCCUAAGUCGGCAAGGGAAAGUCUGGAUAGGCGGUCUGAUGAUAGCGACCAGCUCAAGUCUUGGGGAUCCGCGGAUAAUAUACAGAAAGAGGACAAGUUAAUGCCGCCGCCCAUGAGCAACAAAGUACGGAGACGCGGCGCGAGCGGCAGAAGGGGUGUGGCCUCGCACAGUAGGAGCACACCUUCCACACCUGAUCAGCCCCGAGCCCAAAUCGGUGUUAGCGAAGAAGGUGAUUCCGAUUCGGAUUCAGCGGCUGGUUUCCAUUCAGCUUGGAGGCAGCAAAGAGCAUCGCAUUGCUAGUAUUAAUGUAAUAUGAAACCUUAAAGGUAUGGGAAUAAGGCUUGAGAUUGCUUAUCACUUAUCGGAAGAUAUGUUUCGAUUAAGAAAACUUUGUAUUUCUUUGUAGUUUUAUACACAACUUUAGUAUUUUCUUUAUUGUUUAAGUGCCAAUUUUGGCUCGUUUAUGCGAUAUUGUUUUUACUUAUAAUUCAUAAUUGGACUAUUUUUGUGUUAGUCAUCAAUGAAAUAGGGAUAAUAUAAAAUGUUACAAGCUUCUUUUGGUGCGUGGCGAAAUUCGGAACUAACGACGCCAUCUUGUAAAACGUCAUUUAUGAUAGAUUGUUGUUAUUUGAUGGGAUAAGAGGUUUCCAUAUUUACAAUAAUUUAACUUAACUCACAUCUAACACUAAUCUUACUUUAUUUCUCACUCACUACACUAUUUGGACAUAAUAAAGUUUCCUAAUAACUAAAAGAUCGGCUUAUCGGCUAUCCAAAACUGUUCCAUUCCCUGAAACAAAGGGAGAUUUUUUCAUUGGCAAUCUUAUAACAUUCUUACCUAUAAAUAAAAAUUUUAUUUGAAUGCCAUAAAAAAACAAAAAAUAUAAAUUCUAAAAAAACAAAAAAUAUAAACGUUCUUACCUGUAAUCCAAUUGCCAAAAGAUCCUUCCACUUCAGUCUGUAGUCAAUCUGUGAAGUGAAAUCAUAUUGUAUUCGCGCUAACUGUCAAACGCGUGAAGUUUAAAUAAUAGGUUUUCUUAUAUUUUAUUCUUUUUUCACUUUUUCUUAAGUUUUUCCAGACACCUUUCUUCCGACAACAAUAAAGGGAUUAUUUUUAUAUAUAGAUAUUUUCUGAAUGUGUCUGGUCGUGCAGACAUGUUUUCAUUAGUGUGACUUUUUAUUUAUAAUACUCUAUUAAUAUGACCUGAGUCGUUUGCCUUUAGAAUUUUGCUUGUUAUUUUCAUAUAAAGAAAAGUCGAGUCUUUUCUAGAUGUGUAUAAUAAUACUAAUUGGUCUAUUUGAAGCCUCUGAUAGUGAAAUACAAAAUAAUAUUCAAUUUAUCUAUGUGUUAAGAGACGUUCUUAUAAUUAGCAUGAUUUUUAAUUAUUAAGAGUGGAUACAAAGCAAAAUUACUAAAUUUCUAUUAGAUGAUACCUGUAAUAUUCAAGACCAAAUCUAAAAACUGAAAUAUAUAUCAAACUAGGUGAUAUUUUCGAGGAUUAUGUUUGAUCAAAAACAUAAAAUAUUAAAAUUGAUUCUAGUAAUUUUGCGUUAUACGCACUCUUAAGUAUCUUUAUUGCACUUGCUUAUGAAUUGUUAGUUACAAUCAUUGAGCUAUUAUUACUAAGUAUGGAGGAGACACCACGAACAAAAUCUAUUAGCGGCGCGCGGCGGCGCGGGGCGCAUUUUUUUUGCUCUAACUAAGUUUUAAAAAUUAGUAGGU